AAAGAAUAGUAAAAAAAAACAUAGCGGUCCGUGAAAUAUAGGAGAAAUUGGUUGCAGAAAGAAGAUUAUAAAUAUCAGAGCUCGGAACUAACAUAUUUAAAUGUUAGGAAUUUACUUUACUAAAAAAUGGACGAGGUUGAAAUAGAUGGUGAAGAUUUCAAUGAGCUUGAGGCUAGGCUAUACGGUCAAAUACACCAUGAGGCCGUUGAUUCAACAAAGGCAGACGUAAAUAAUACAACUGAAUGCCAGCAAGACCCGCAAGUACAAGAAAAACAGAGCGUGGAGCGCGUCGUUACAGAAAGAAGUAUUAUUUACCGACCUGCUAAAUCCAGCCAAGUGCCCGAUACACGCUACUGGGUGAACAACAAAUUUACAAAAAGUGUAAAUCAGCUAAAAACAGUUGAGAAAGAAAAAUCUACCAAUUUAAGUGAGAAGCAGCCUGACAUUAAUAAACUCCUUUCCUCAGGACAAAAAAUAGGCACUACAGACAAAAACAAUGAAAAUCAAGUAAAAAUUAAAAUACCUGAAAGAAAUUACACACGAGAUAGUAACAUACUAAUUAAUCCGGCAGCGGUUGCUCUCAGCUCGAAGCCAAAUCAAAAAAAGAAAAAACAAAAAAAAGUUUCAACUGCAGUGCCACGAAGUGGUCCAUUUACGCAACAAGAAAAUAAAUUGCAAAAGGUCAUUUUGGUUCAAGCUAAAAAGCAAAAAUCAAAAAAUGUUCGCAAUAAAAAGAAAAAGCAACAACAGCGUGUGGAAACAAUUGUAUUAGAUUCAUCUUCUGACGAAAAUAGUGGAUCGGAUAGCUCAGACGAUGAUGUACUUUUAAUACCAUCAAAGCCUCCACCACUUAUCACACUUUCUGACAGCGAUAAUGAAGGCACUGGGAUUCAACUAGAAGAAGAAAAUGCUUUGGAUGCUUCUGACGUUGUUAUGGAUAGUAAAACUAAACAACCCGAUUUUACUAAGCCAAAUGAUAAAUGUAACAAUUUAACGUCAGACGUACCCGAAAAAACUGCUGAUCCAAUCAUUAGUCGAUGCACUUCACCAUGUUCUGUGUUAUCAUCAGAUGACUUUAUUGGUCAAACCGACCGUUCUCGUUUGCUAGAAGACAAUUGCAUGGCGGAUGACCAAGAUUUGGCUUUACUGACAGCUGAUGUAAGCAAUCUAGUACCUCCCAAACCGAAUCGGAACACUUCGACGGAAGGUAGGGGCGCUGUUCGCAAUGAUGAUUCUUCGGAGGAUGUUAUGUGCACCGGCGAAUUUACUGCACCUCUAACCAACUCUGUUGGUAAUGCACAAACUGAAUCUUCCAGUUCCAAGAAAGAGGAAAAUUAUCGUGUGGAUCAAACAGAUUUUAGGGCAUUGGAUGUUUAUGAAAGCGAAUCUGAUAUAACAGAUAGUGUUUAUUCUAAAGGACAUGCUAGAACAAUUGUGAAACCAAUUUAUAGCAGCUCAGAGGCAGAUGAUGUGCAAAAAACAGUAGUUAGUCAAAAAGCGAAACGCUUUUGUAAGCGACGAACUUCCAGCAGUAACCGAGGUUCUGAUGCACAUAACAAUGACGAAAGUACGGAUGAUGAAUUAGAUGACGGUGUGACUAAGACGCCUAUACCAUUCAUUUUGCGAGGUUCCGCUGUAGAGCGCUGCAAUAAGAAAGUACGCAAACUUUUGGGAAAUACUCGUCGGGCUUCAGUCGGUGCUCUCGGCAACACGGGUGGUAAAAUGUCCGACAACGAAUUCAUAGCAACAUUGAAUAGUUUGGUACAAGAAAGUGAAAGCAAAGCGAAUAAUAAAAUUGGCGAAACAAUAAUUUAUGGAGAUGAAAGUGCAAGUGAGGUGCAAAUUGAAGGCGUGGCGAAUCUAGAUCAAACUCAAAAAGAAAAAAAGUUGCCAACAAGUGAGCAAUUAGUUGACAGUACCCGCACACUGCAAGGUAAUAUCGAUGCAAACGAAUCAAUAGAUGAAUUUAAUAAGGGAGAAGAACAAAAUCAAAACAAGGAAGCGAAACCAACAAUAAUUGAGCCUGACCAAACGAGCAUGCAAUCCGUUCAAUUAGUCGCCAGUCCUCCACCAUUGCAAAGUAAUAUCGAGGCUGUGCCUGACGAAGCAAUAGCUGGAUUAGAUAAGAUUUUUGCCUCGAUAGAUAAUCUAUCUGCAAAGAAAACGGAUUACUUGGACUCGGAAGAUAGUUCUGAAAAUGACUUGGAAAUUAUUACACCCAUAGUGCCGGUAUCUAAAGGCCGAACAGAUGACCAGAAUAUCUUACCUACUCACCAUAUUGUCUAUAAUGGGCAUAACUCGCAACCGGGUGGCGUUGGCUGGAAUGAAGAAAUGAUGAAAUUUUAUAAUCUUUCUUGGCAAGGCGAAAAAUUCACACUAGUUGAAGCACUAAACGGAAUGGAAAGGGACCGAAGACUAUGGAAAAUUUACUCUGAAGAUCGUUUCCCUAAGGCACGCCCGUAUAGUAACUUAAAAUGUUUCAACUGUUGUGAAUUUGGACAUACUCGCGCCAAAUGUAAACGCCCGAAAAAACCACAAGUAUGUUACAUGUGUGGUGAAAGCGGUCAUUUAGAGCCACGUUGUCCAAAUACGCUUUGUUUAAGGUGUGGAAAUAAAACUCAAGUGUUUACGAAAAGCUGCAAUGCUUGCACAUUCCAAAAUCGGCUUAUUUGUCCCAUUUGCAAAGUUCGUGGUCAUUCGAUUAAUCUCUGCCCUGACAAAUGGCGUCGUUACCAUUCCACGACCCAACCCAAUGAUCAGCCGAACAGUCAAGUUGAGUACAAUAAGCGCAGAAUGUGUUGCGUCUGCGGAGGUAGGGGACAUUUCUCCGACACAUGUCGCAGUGCAGUUCGUUUUAUGGAAUAUCCAAUUAUUGUCAGCCACGUAAAAUCACAUCAAAAAUCAUAUAGUGACAUGCUGUUUAAAACUCCAUGCUCUGGAAUUGCACUCAAUCUUUUGUAUAGACCUGGAGAUGCAGUUGUUUUUCGUAUGACCGCAAAAGGUGCACGAAACGGCUAUUAUGAACGCUUCUUGAAAGCAGUUGGUUUGGGCGGUAUGUUAAAACGAAAACGACCGAGUAAUAGUUCGUCAGUUACGGGAAAUCUGUCCAAGAAAGCUAAGAAUCUCUCUGGUCAUUACGAACCGAACCCGUACGGUAAAGUAGCAAGAGAAGGCGUCACAUCUACAGAUAAAUCACUUAGACAGACUAUAGCAACUGCAGAGGCUCCCAAUCAGGUGCCGGAAGUUAGCGGUAGUGUGAACACGACAGAAGUAGUUUCGAUGGUGGUAAAUGAGUUUAAGACACCAAGUGAAAUACCAGGUACUAUUGCUGCCUCGCAAAGGUCUCAAAGCAAAGACAACUUAACUGUGGAUUCAGACUCAAAUUAUAGUUUCUCGGAUCAUUUCGAGAUACCAGCACCGGCUGUUAGUACAAAGAAUACAGCACAUACAGAAGAGGAAGAAAUGGACGCGCAACCAUCGACGUCCGCUGCUGCUAAAGGCAAACAAAGACACGUUCGUGAAAUGGAACCAUUGCCAGACUUUAUACCAUUAGGAGAUAACAGUGAUGUGAACAUGGUUAAUGACACAAAUACAGGCAUUUCACACCGUUUUGUUGCUGCGGAUACUGACGAUGAGAAUAUAAAUGAAAACAAAAAUGAGAAUGAUUCACCGUGUGAAGCUAAAGUUUUUCUCACACCUUUUCAUAGUAAUUAUUUGUUAUCGCCAACCGGUCACGACUUUUUGGUCCAAAAAUCCAAAGAGUGUAAUAUCAAAGCAAGGCUCGAUUGGACAUCGGUCGGUCAUGUUUUGGUCAUAUUUGGACUUGCCUUUGAUCAGGACACAUUUCACAAAGCCCUACUCGAGCAAUGUCAGAAAUUGAUGGACCAAAUGAAUAAUAAACAAUUUAGUGGUAUCAGAGUGCCCAAACGUAUAGACGCCUUAAUACGUUUUCUACGUGAAAAUAUCUCCCAGUUGCAGAGCGACUUAGGUGAUGUAAAUGAUUUACAAAAACGUAUUAAGAAUCUAGAGAAGACGCAUACAAAAGCAAAUAUGAAAUUGGCAGAAAAAUAUCGUCGCUUGCUCAAUAUGAUAUUAUUGGGUCAAGCUGGCCUCGGUGACGGCGACAAGCAUUUAGACAAACUCUUAAUUAAUUUGAAAUCGCUAAUCAAUGAUUAUCAAGCUGAAAAUAUGGUACCACAAUCGCUACGUGAAGAAAUUGAUUCACACUGCAAAGUGCUCUUUACUUCGUAUCGGCAUGAUAAUUAUCCGGAACUCAUUCAAACCUACAACCAGAUGCCGAAUAAUGAAAAAAUUAAUGUAAAUAUAGAUCCGCGGCUAUUGGGUCAAAAAAUGCUAGAUGUUAGCCUAACACCUGAACAAAAAUCACGACUGGAACAAUCGCCAGUGUUAGGACCCUCAGCACAACCGGGCAAUCAAACAUUAACUCGCAGGAAAUCUACUGAAAAUACCGUAUCUAAUUCACCAUACGCCGCAAAGUCAAGAUUGCCGACGAAACAAAAGGACUUGACGCAACCACCAGUGGCACAAGCUACAAUAACCAAUGCACCUGUAGUCGUAGCGAAGGGCAAAAAUAGACCACAAAACACUACAAUAGUUGAGACUACGCCAGAAGUUGGCAAUACAAAAGCAAAAUCGAAUAUAAAUACACCAGUUAAGGGGCAAAAUUUUGCACCACCACCAUUCAUAAACCCCCAACAAAAAUCUACAGUGAUUACAAAUAUUAAAGAAGCUAUACAGAAUCGGCCGCCUGCAUUUAAUGAUUUACUACAUGGCAAUUGUAACGCUUCAGCUGGUGGGUAUGGGAAAGUUCCUUCAGAGGGUCCUUCGGUAUUUUGGUCUCGCGAAUCAUCGCGUUACUUAGGUGAAUGCAUUCGCAUGGCUGAAUCAAAUACGGAAUUGUUGCAAAAGUUGCAGCGCAUACAGACAAAGUCUUUGGAAGGGUCGCUUUCAUAUAAUGAUUAUCGAGCUGUGAUUAAACUACACGGCGCAAUGGUGGGAAAUUAAAUUUAAGCAAUGGACAAUGAUAAACUAAUAUGACGGAAUGGAUGAUUGAUGGCUUUGCUGUAAAAUCUCCGAGCGAAUUCAUUAAACUAAUUUUUUAGUUGUACAAAACAAUAUUUGUACCAAAGCUUGGAAGGUUUAAGCGUUAGUGACACUUUUUCUCUCAAAGGAAGAAAAACUUUACAGACAUAAAACAAAACAAAAAAUUAUAUUAAAUAAAAUUGAACAUAAAUAAUCUAAAAAA